GUGCGUGCCAAGCGUCCAUGGUUUACCCUCACACACACGAGUGCGGGCGUGGGCUCAAGGCCAGCGCACAACUGAUCAGGCGAGCUGGCGCACCGAUCCCAACAUUCCAAGACCCAAGGUUCUCUGCUCAAAACUCCCUGUGGCGCGCGCUCGCCCUGCCCCGACUAAAUACCCUGGCCUACCACACUUCGUCGACACCAAGCCGCAGGGUGUGCACAGGGCGUCUGUCGACUCUGCAGCUCCUUGCAUCCUGGCCUCCCCUUCGAGCCACCCUCGCAGCAUCCUGAUGCCGCUACAGUCAUCCCCGGGCCAGGCCCGCAGCAUGCAGCAGAAUAUAUAAUUGCGCUGUGAACAACAUGCUCACCGCCUCCUCUUCCUGCUCUCCCUAUCUACGAUCACGAACCCCAGCGUACCCUUCAGACUCGACUCUGAGCACUAGCAUGAACGGAAAACGGUGUACAAGUCUCGAGAUGCUCAGCCCCGCCUCGCCGCACUUUGUCGACGACGCCCUCGAGUUUCAACUCCUCCACGGACCACACGCGUGUGCGCGCGGCACCAUACCCGCCGGCAUGCACCUUGCCAACAUGGCAUGGGGCCUCAUUCGCGCAUUCGAAGUGUGGGACGAGUACGAGUGCCUCAAGGCGGCGGGUGUCGACAUGGAGGACUACUUCGACGACGAUGAGUACUACCAGGACGAGCAGUACGCGGAAUGUACGAAGAAGACCACGCCGUACCACACCUACGACUUUGACUCCGAGUCCGACAGCACACCCUCCCCCGCCUCCUCACCGCGGCUCAGUCAAUCUCCUCACUCCUCCUACACCACCACGUACUCGUACGAGCUGCGACUAGACGAGGCCGAGCACGAGUGGCCGGCCAUCUUUGGCCCCGGCGAGCCCGUGCGCUCACGCUGGCUCCUGUCUUUCGCGAGCACGGCAUCCCUCCUGCAAUCAAAGGCAUUCAACCUUGCAUGCCACCCCUAAUUGCCCCGACCAUGGGGCUAGGCCGCCACCACGGCACACCCACUACACACCUACACAUUUACACAAUACAAGACUAGGGCCACUGGCCAUCACGACCUUUGACGAUGUUGUACACAGUACAGUUAUGACAGAUCUAUACAU